AUGAACAACUCAACAAACUCCUCUAAUAAUGGCCUGGCUAUUACCAGUCCUUAUAAGACAUUUGAAGUGGUUUUUAUUGUCCUUGUGGCUGGAUCCCUCAGCUUGGUGACUAUUAUUGGAAAUAUCCUGGUCAUGGUUUCCAUUAAAGUCAACCGCCACCUCCAGACAGUCAACAACUACUUUUUGUUCAGUUUGGCCUGUGCUGACCUCAUCAUAGGUGUUUUCUCCAUGAACUUGUACACCCUCUACACUGUGAUCGGCUACUGGCCUCUAGGACCUGUGGUGUGUGACCUUUGGCUAGCCUUGGACUAUGUGGUCAGCAAUGCCUCCGUCAUGAAUCUGCUCAUCAUCAGCUUUGACAGGUACUUCUGUGUCACCAAACCUCUGACCUACCCCGUUAAGCGGACCACGAAAAUGGCAGGGAUGAUGAUCGCAGCCGCUUGGGUCCUGUCCUUUAUCCUCUGGGCUCCGGCCAUUCUCUUCUGGCAGUUCAUUGUAGGGGUGAGAACUGUGGAGGAUGGGGAAUGCUACAUUCAGUUCUUCUCCAAUGCCGCCGUCACCUUUGGUACCGCCAUUGCAGCCUUCUAUCUGCCAGUGAUCAUCAUGACUGUGCUGUAUUGGCAUAUAUCCCGAGCCAGCAAGAGCAGGAUAAAGAAGGAGAAGAAGGAGCCCGUGGCCAACCAAGAUCCAGUUUCUCCAAGUCUGGUACAAGGAAGAAUAGUGAAGCCAAAUAAUAACAACAUGCCUGGCAACGAUGGUGGCCUGGAACACAACAGAAUCCAGAAUGGCAAGGCCACCAGAGAUGCUGUGACCGAGAACUGCGUCCAGGGGGAAGAGAAAGAGAGCUCCAACGAUUCCACCUCGGUCAGUGCUGUGGCUUCCAAUAUGAGAGAUGAUGAAAUAACCCAGGAUGAAAACACAGUUUCCACUUCCUUGGGCCAUUCCAAAGAUGAGAACUCGAAGCAAACAUGCAUCAAAAUUGUCACCAAGACCCAAAAAGGUGACUCCUGUGCGCCAACUAAUACCACUGUGGAGCUAGUUGGGUCUUCUGGUCAGAACGGAGAAGAAAAACAGAACAUUGUAGCCCGCAAGAUUGUGAAGAUGACCAAGCAGCCUGCAAAGAAGAAGCCUCCUCCUUCCCGGGAAAAGAAAGUGACCAGGACAAUCUUGGCUAUCCUGUUGGCUUUCAUCAUCACCUGGGCCCCAUACAAUGUCAUGGUGCUCAUUAACACCUUCUGUGCACCAUGCAUCCCCAACACAGUGUGGACCAUUGGUUAUUGGCUCUGUUACAUCAACAGUACUAUCAACCCCGCCUGCUACGCACUGUGUAAUGCCACCUUCAAGAAGACCUUUAAACACCUUCUCAUGUGUCAUUACAAGAACAUAGGUGCAACAAGGUAA